AUGUCGUUGCUCCUCUUAAAGUCGGGCCUGAUUUGUGGUAGGGGCAUGUCGACUGCGUUAUUUCUUCAAUGGGCCAUAGAAAGUCAACGAGGAUUUGGAGCGGCCAUAAUCGGACCAAUCCAAAUCCUGAAAAGCCCAGGAGAAACCACCAUCGAUCCACUCCAGAUAAAUGGGGAAGAUCAGCAAUUUUCAAAAACCUCACAACUUCACAAGGGGCCGUUGCUGGUGAGAUCGUGGACGCGUGCGUGGGGUCAAUCAAGCAAAUCCCGAAACUUUAACCACGAAAUCUCUUCUGAGUUCUCGGUACUCUGGGGCCAGUGUCUGGGGCCCCUGGGCCCUGGCGCCCUGGCCCCUGGGAAGAGAACGGGCUUGGUAUGGAUGGUGAGCCCCACCUCAGCCUGUCGUCUCGACCUCACUUCUGAGUCCAAGGAAGAGAGGGAUCUGGGUGGGGGGAGAUUCCUUGGUCCUGCUAGGGUUGCAAACGAAGAUUUAGUGCCGAAAUCGCGUUUUGUGUCAUGGCCAAAAUCUCACUCCUAUCAAGCAGCAGAGUGCAUAAGCUAAUUAUAACAUUGCUGAAGCUUGUUCCGGUUUCCCUCCC